CCCGCCCUAGCGGCCGAGCGCCCGUGCCAACGGCUCCACCCGCAGUUCCUGCACAGCUGCGUUCCCGGCGGCAGGGCCAGACGGGGCUCUGGGACAGGUGACACCGAGUGGGAUCCUCGGAUAACCACAGGCGGGCGGGGGCUGGAAGCUUUGUGGGCCGUAACCCCGCGAGGCAAGAGGCGAAGGGGUCGUCUCGACUCGGACCCCAGUCGCCCUCCGCUGCUUUGCGCUCUUCCGGUUUCAAGAAUGGGGCGGGGCCCGCGCUGCACCGCCAGCCACUCUCGAGCAUGACGCCGCGGUGACGUCGCGGCGCCUCGUCAGUGCCCCUUUCCGGGAUCCGCACUCUGGGUUGCGCGGCCAGCCAACCGCGCUCGCGUAUGCAAAUACAUGCAGGUCCCGCCUCCAGGCGCGGCCGGCGGGGUCCUCUGGCCAGGCUCUCAGGCCCGGAAGCCACUUGCAAUUCGCGCCCUGCCGCCAGGGGGCGCCAGAGAGCUGCAGCCCCACGCAUGCCUGCCCCGGAGCGUCCGCGCUCCAGACGGCCGCAGAGCCAGCCCGGGCCGGGAGAGCUCUGCGUGAGGCCCCGGAAGAUCGUGUUUGCGGAUGAGCUGCGCCCCCGGGAGCCACUGCACCCUGAGAAGCAUCCCAGAGAUCUGGGACCCCGCCUCAACCCAGUACCUGACUACGAGCUUAAGUACCCACCAGUGACCAACAGAAGGGACCGGAGCCGCUAUGCCGCAGUGUUCCAGGACCAGUAUGGCGAGUUCUCGGAGCUCCAGCGGGAGGUGGGGGCCACACAGGCUAAGCUCCAGCAACUGGAGGCCCUGCUGCUGUCGCUGCCCCCGCCACGAAGCCAGAAGGAGGCUCGCAUGGCAGCUCAUGUCAGGAGAGAGUUUGAGAAGAAGCGAGGGGAUCCUGGCUUCCUGGAUAAGCAGGCUCGCUGUAACUACCUGAAGGGUAAACUCAGGCACCUCAAGGCCCAGAUCCGCAAAUUUGAUGACCAGCAGGACAGCAACAGUGAAGACUCUGUGUACUUCUGAGUGUCCUGGAGAUGGUGGCGGGCUCCUCCUCCAAUAGGAAACCACACCAGUUCUUCCAGGGAGUAAACAUGGAUUAGACACCUACUGUGUGCAGCUACCUAAAAGCAUCCCUUCAUUUUACAGAAGGGGAAAUGAGGUUCAUAGACCUGUCUGAGGUCUCAUAUGGGGGCAAUGGCUGUGUAGAUUCCAGGGGGCAUAGUCAGAAGGCAUGAGUUGGGGCAGCCUGGCAUAAGUAUUGUGAUGGGGCAUACUAGGGGUAAGGGCUGGGCAAUGCUUGGGGCCUGCCUGCAGGGGCGCAAUCCAGGACACCUUGAUCCUGUCCACUCUGCAUAGCUCCUCAGAUGAAACUAACCUGAGCCACUGAGGAUGACAAGUCCCAGGCCACUUGCAGGCCAGGAGUCUCCUAGGAAGAUGUCUUCCAACAGAGAGGACCACAUGUGUGGAGUUUGUAGUAAAAGUAGAUCAGCUAGGGCUUGAACGCAGGCCUCGGGCUCAAUAGGCAUGGAUCUCACUCAGUCCCACUCCACAGUUGGGCCCCUAACUCCCUGGUAUUUUUUGUUUUCCAAGGCUGGGUUUCUCUGUUUAGCACUAUCCUUAAACUCACUAUAUAGACCA